UAGAGCUAUAUCUGUUUAACUGGAUGAGCGCAUAUAAAAGGACUACCGAUUGUCUACCCUCUUUCAGUGUUGUUUAUGUGCUCAUGUUUUGUAGGGCACUCUUCUUGUUAUGGAUCAGAUAGGAUACAAUGUUGGUCGCACACCAUUCACAGACAUCUCAAACACCAUCAUUACAGGUAAUCAAAAUGAAUCGAACUCGCUUGGACCAAUUGUCGAUGCUAAGGAACGUAAGAGGCAAAGGGAUAGGGAAAGAUAUGCUGCGAUGACUGUUGAAGAAAAGAAUGAGAAAAAUAGGAAGCGUCGUGAAGCACGUCAACGAAAUAAAGGACUAUCGAUAGAGCCACUAUCAUCUAGAGACGUUAAUACGGACCAGGCAUGUGAGGUGGUUAGCUUUCCAGAUGACUGUAGCACCAUUGAUUUCACACAUUUGUCAACACAAGAUAUUGCAGGUGGAGACGAACAAGUAAAUCUGGAUGCAUGUGAUGAUAGCGAUUGGUUGCAUAGGAAUGAGACAUUCCAGGCAAACAACAUUGUCACAAGUAAAGACCUUUUGACACCAGGUUGUGUGCAUGAAACUGUUGAUAACAUACCUAAGCAUACUAUGAAAAGGGCCGCCUACUUUAGUGAGCGGUACAAAAACAUGACUCCCGUCGAGAGGGAGUCUAGACGUGUACGCCUUAGGUUGUAUAAUAAGACACCAAGACGGAAAGAUGCUAACAAAGAGUGCAGCAGAAAACGUAGAGCACUGCAGGGUGACACUUUGAAUCAGGAGUCCAUCGCCAUGGAGGACCCAUUAUAUACCCCUGAGGUUGUACGUCCUACAACAUAUGGAAUUGAACCAUAUGGAUCCUCAGUUACCACUUGUGACUAG